AUGAGUAGAGGGUUUGGGGGCGAGCCUUGUGGCAGUGGCGAAGGAGACGGACUGGGGGAUACACUUGCGCCUCCGCCUGCACCGCUUCCUCCGGCCGUGCCAUCUGGCUGGGUGGGGGAAGGAGGGACGGCGACGGUACUCAGCGGAGACAAGCUGGUUGUUGUGGUGGACGACAGGGGAGAAGACGAAGAUGAGGACGCCAGCGAAGACGUCGCAGUGGUGGUUGUGGAGGAUCUGAUCGUCGUCGUGGUCGUCGUCGUGGUCGUGGUCGUCGUUGUCGUCUUGGUCGUGGUCGUGGUCGUGGUUGAGGACUGGACAAAUGUCAAGGACAAGGACGAGAUUCUCUUACCGAUGAGGUGCUUGGAGGCGGUGGCGGAGGUGUUGGCGCAACAUCCUUGA